UCACUCCGCGCGCCGUCGUAGGAUCACGGUCUGAUAGCUUCAGUUGGUUAGGAUGAAUAAAAAAGACGAUAACUAUAAAAACUAUAAAAUUGUCUCCCCUUGUAAAACAUACAAAUGUGGUUUGUAGUCCUUCACACUCAUACCGGAAAUGACGCCAUGUCAAUGCCGUAGAUGGCUCACAGUCUGACAGCUCCAGUGGGUGAGGAGGAAACAAGUAGGAGGGUCUCCGGCUAAAAACAGCUUGUGGAGUGGUGUAAAUAGUUUGUGGCGAUGGGCAACACAAGUGACAGAGUGUCGGCAGACCGCCAUGGGGCCAAAUCCCACCGUUCAGACAGUGCUGGGGGUCACAAGGACCAUGAGCCCAGCAGCAGGAUGGUGGACAGCACUGACGACCCAAACAUCUUCAACACUCACGGGCCAGACUCCAAGGUGUUAGGAGAGAAAGAAUUUACCCCAGACUUGGACGACCUUGUGAAAACUGUCUCUCAGGCUCGACCCACGGUCAUUCGCUGGGCUGGUGGGGGAAGGGAGGUCUACAUCGCUGGCUCCUUUAAUAACUGGAGCACCAAGAUACCGCUGAAUAAAAGCCACAGGGACUUUGUAGCAAUCCUGGACUUGCCCGAAGGCGAGCACCAGUACAAGUUUUUCGUGGAUGGACAGUGGGUGCACGAUCCCUCAGAACCAGUGGUGACGAGCCAACUCGGUACCAUCAAUAACCUGAUUCAGGUGAAGAAGUCCGACUUUGAGGUGUUUGACGCCCUGCAGGUGGACUCUCUGGAGUGUUCGGAUACAUCAGAUCUGUCCAGCUCCCCUCCAGGUCCUUACGCACAAGAUCAGUAUGUGUUCAGACCCGAGGAACGCUUCAAGGCUCCGCCCAUACUUCCCCCUCACCUACUUCAGGUCAUACUCAACAAGGACACUAAUAUUUCUUGUGACCCCGCCCUGCUGCCUGAACCUAACCACGUGAUGCUGAACCACCUGUACGCGCUCUCUAUAAAGGAUGGCGUCAUGGUGCUGAGUGCAACUCAUCGGUACAAGAAGAAAUACGUCACCUCUUUGCUCUACAAACCCAUCUAAGCCUCGUCUUUGGGAAAGCAUUGUGAUAUUGUUUGUUGUUUUUGUCAUUUAGCCAAAUUGUGCACUUGAACCAAGUUCAAGGUAUCUGUUACAACAUGGCAGUGGGCGUGGCCGAGUCUUGCAGCCUUACCGUCUACAUUAUAGGCUCAAUACAAAAUGUGUGUGUGUGUGUGUGUGUGUGUGUGUGUGUGUGUGUGUGUGUGUGUGUGUGUGUGUGUGCUCUUGUAUUUCUACCCUUCUUGAGACAUCAACAAGGAAAUGUACCUUCUAUAAUAGGAGGUGUGAACAAGUCAGGACAUAAAUCAUGUUCCCAAUAUGGAAAACCAUUGCAUCUAAUAGAAAAUGUCUCAUUUGCACCCCUGAUGGUGAAAAUAAUCAAAAUUAGGGUGGUCCCAAAAAAGUGCUCCCCCACAACAUAUGAAAUAACAAGUGUGUGUAAAAAUUUGAAGUGUUCCCCGUCUGGCCAACUUCUGUAAUACCAAGUUUGUUUAAGAAAUUGACCAAAAUUAAUUUAAAAAAAUAAAAUAAAAUGUAUAUAGAGACAUACUGCAUAGCGUUAUCAGUAGCCAAGGACCCUGUUCAGUGCUAGACUGCUUCAUCCCAAGUACAGGACUAGUAGACUAAAAAACUCCUUUGUCCCACACACCAUUAGACUGUACAACUCCUCUCUAGGGGGUGGAACUAGGAUGACAGGGGAUGCAAAACAAUAACAGUGCAAUACUUUUUCAUAACAUCGUCACUACUACUAGUUUCUCUUGUUAUAUUCUAAUUUUUACUAUUAUAUUUUUAUUGUUAUUGUUGCUUUUUAUUUUUAUUGUUAUUGUAAUAUUUUCCAUUUUAUUUACAUCUAUACCCCUAUUAUUUACUUUUUAAGUUGGAUCUCAAUUCUGUACACUGUUGCUGAAAUUUAAAUUUUCCCAAGGGAACUCUCCUGAAGGAAUUAAUAAAGUACACUCUAUUUAUACUGUAAUAACUUGGAAGUAAAUAAUGAAGAUUAAAAACUAACUACAAACAUAAAAUUCAGAAUUUUUUUUUCACUAAAAGCUUACCUUUUUUAUAUUUGCAUAGUAUUUAUAUAUUAUUUAUGUUGUAAAUACAAAUCUUUAUGUAUCUAGAAAGGGUGGUCAUAAUGAGAGGCAUUUUUCGGAGGUCUCAAGAAGGUAACAAAUACAAGAGUGUAUGUUACUUUGUGAUUCUAUGCAUGUUGGUGUUGAAGUGGAAAGGUGUACUAAGACAAGUUCAACUACUGAAAAAAGUUGCAAAUUCAGUGUUGCUGGAGCAUAAAGUGCAAUAUUAAUAGUUAAUUUACUGUAUGUAGAAUGGAGUGUUUUCUCUGACGACAUGUUGCUGUUAACCACCUUUUUAUCUAUGCAGUCUGCCGCAGUGCAGUUACUUUAUUCCUUGGGUGCUUUUAUAGUAUUUACUCUGUUCCACGUGUGCAUUCAUCGACAAGGCGUACCAAUCACAGCAUUUUUUGCUUUUCACAAACUUGAAAAUAAGAUGAAUGUAAAAUCAUGUUUAUAUAGUGAGGACAACUUGAGUUUUACAGCCAUUUUAUGAAUGUUUCCACAUGCUUUGCAGUUUUAAGUGUGAAGGUCAGUUUGCACAAAGUUUGAUUUGUUUAAAAAAUAAAGAGGGAAAAGUUUUAUUAGA